AUGGUCCCUAGCUCUUUCCUGAACAGCUCAUCUCAUUCUGUCCCGCGGCACACGUACGAUGAAAAGGAGAACUCUAUAAGCAACACUCGACUCUAUGGUAAGCAAGCGACAUCAAAACAGCGCACCAGUCGCCCUCAAGCGCGUUCACCGCCGGCCACAGACCCAUCUCCAACGACCGCAUCGUCACCCGUUCGCAUCCCUAAAAGCAAUGAAAAGGCUCAUCUAUCUUCCCACACUAGGCCCGCCUCGCAUGGUCAAUCUCGUGCUCGAGAGGUUACCCAGGUACACAGAACACAAGCAGCCUCUGCUGCACCUUUGGACUCCUUGUUGUCCUCGACCGCAAUACCCAGGAGAAGACCGCAAGGGAGAAAGUCACAAAAGCUACCGGUUGGUGAUCAUGUUGCCGACUUUAGCAAAUUGCUGCUGGAGGAUGUCGAGUCUAUAGAUCUUCGAGCAACGGUGGGCAGCCUCGGCAACCCUCAAUUUGAGGACUUGUUUGGACAUUCGGUAGACAAGGGCGCUACAUGGAGAAACGCUGCUGGGUCCACCCCGGCUGAGACGCCUGUAUCUAUUCGAUCAAUGUCCACUGAAUCGAUGCCGUCGCUAUUGGUUGACGAUGAUCUUACUGAGAGCUUAUCUCAUGGUUUAUCAAGCCCAUCUCAACCAUCUCAGCGCUGCUCUCCAGAUCGACGGCCUCGUCUCUUUUCAACUUCCGAAGACUGUAGUGAUGAUCAUCCUCUUCAGCACCUUAAUAUACUGGAUCCCUUGUCAUCAAUGCGUGAGGAUACUAUCAUCCUGCCCGUGCCAUCACAAUCACCGCCGUCCGAGAAAGGCCGAGCUUCAUCACUACGCUCAAAUCUCACCGCCUCAUUGCGUGCACUAAAGACAGCAGCUCAGACGGUGUCAAGCCUCGCUACCCGGCCCCCGACGACUCGACCCGACGAUUUUCUUACACGGUCAAUCUUCUCAUUCGCACCCGAGCUUACCGACGACAAGCGGCCUCCACCAUCCGACGAUCCACCUUCUCCAGCGCUACGCAGGUAUUUAAAUCCCCACCCAAAGACUGCGACGCUUGCAUCAAGGUCCCCAGCAGAAUUUCAUUCCUACAACGAAUAUCCAAACCCCUCUCCUCCCACAAGGAACAACAGCUUAGGACCCACCUCAUCCCGCUCGCGCACCACCACCAAGUCCAUCCAGCUGCAAACCUGCAUCCCUUCCGCCGUCCGCUCCCCCAACGCCUCAUCCCCUCCCAUCUGGCUCGGUCCAGAUGGCACGCCGACAACGCAUCCAGACCUCCCCUCACCGGCCUUACCAACACCCAACCUGGCCCGCCAGCGGGAGCCAAGAGAGAACGCGGCGUUUCUGAGAAUCCUCGUCGCAGAAAUGAACAUGCGCAGGAGCGGCAAGUUCGAUGAUGCGAUGGAGAGCCAUGCUUGCGUUUGGCUACCGCCGAGGAAAGCGAUGGAUGGUCAGACUCUUCGGUCUGGGGUGGAGAGGUGGACUGUAUAUACUGCGGCGUGA